AUGGUCUCUAACAUAUGGAUAGCAGCUGCAGACAAUCAAAGACAAAUAGUCGAACAGUAUAUCAAUUCCAAUGAGUACACCCCAAACUCAAAAGACCCUAACGGAUAUACUGCUAUUCAUGCAGCCGCCUCAUACGGUCAUCUCAAUUUAUUGCAGUACUUGAUAGAGAAGGGAGGUGAUAUAAAUAUCCAAGAUAAUGAAGGUGAUACACCGUUGCACCAUGUUGAGGAUUUGAAAACUGCAAAAUAUAUGGUGGAGAAAUUGGGAGCCAGUUAUAAGAUCAAAAACAAUGAUGGGUUAACGGCACAACAAUACAUUGAAGAAGAGGAUGAAUUCCCUGAAGUAGCACAAUACUUGAAAACAUUGGCUCAUGAUAAACCUAUUGCUAGUGAAGAAGAAAUAAAGGCCAACGAGUUCAUAGAAUCUUUACCUGCUCCAGGAAAUAUCGAUGGUCACCAAAUUAGAUAUAGUUUGGAAAACGAGGCUGCACAAGACGGAGAAGAACAACUAUCACCAGAGGAAUUGGAGGAAAGAAGGAAGAAAAUUCAAGCUAUCUUGGAAAGUGACAAUCCAGAGGAAGCAUUAAGGGAUUUGGUUAAAAAUGCUGUUCAUGAAGGUAUGAGUCAGUACAAACAAGAACAACAUACAACAGGCAAUGAAGAGGAACCUUCAAGUAAAAGAAAAAAAGAAUAA